AUUCGCGCGAGCUCUUACAGGUUUUGUUGUUGACGGAAAAGUGAAGACGAAAAAUAUUUCUCGCAACUAAUUGUGAAGACAAGUUCAAGAAAAAUAUUUUUAAAAUAUAUGUAUAAUAAAAGUAAAGAAUUUUAAUAAAUAUAAUAAAUUUUAAAUAAAUUUAGAAAAAUUUAGUUUAACAAGUAAAAAGAGUAGAAAUUUAAAUAAAAUAAAAAUAGAACUCAAGUUAAUUAGAGCGAAAAGAAAAAAAGAACAGAGAAAAUCGUAUUAAAACGAGAGGGAGAGAAAUUUUUGUGAAAAGUGAAGAGUUUGAGAAAAAUUAUACGAAAGAGUGUUGUUAAAUAGUUGGAGAGAGUGAUUGAUUUUGUUGGGGGCACAAAAUAGGUCAAAAUUUGACUAAAAACAUGACAUCUCAAAUGGAAGUCGCAAUGCAACCGCCAGCAGCUGUUAAAACCUCUAAUGACGUCAAUUUAUCAACGCAAUUAUCGAUUCUUAAUGAUUCAGGUGAUUCAAGCAAUUCUACGUCAACACAGCCACCACUACUAUUUACCUGUCAAACCAUCAAAUCAAAUGGAAAUCUAUUAUUUCCGCUUGGCGAAAAUUAUGAAAAUAAAAAACAAAAAUUAACAACAUGGCAGGGUUUACUUAAACAUUUAAAAUCUCAACGUAUUGUUAAAAAUAUGGAAAUUUUUAAUAAAUUAAAAAGAAAACAACAACAUCUUGAACAUCAACAAUUUCCGUUUGAAAUUUUAAAGAAAUAUAACGGAAAUUUUCCCUGUCAAAAUAAUAAAAUUAUGAAAAAAUCUCUAAGAAAUGAGUUUAAAUAUGGACAAAAACUGAAAUUUCCUUUAAGAUCUAAGCCCCGAAAAUGUUCAUUUCUUUAUGCUGAUAAAGGUUUUCAAGAAAAAGAUUAUACAAAUUCUAAAAUUUUACAAUUGGAUUUCAAAUUUAAACAAAACUUAAAAAUCAAGCAUAAUAUUAGAAAAGUCGAACAAAAGAAAGAUUUUCAAAAAUUUCCUUUAACUAAAAUUUAUAAAUUCAAUAAAGAAUUUCCCUUACAACUUAAGCGACAUGAGAUUGAACUUUUAAAAUUUCCUCUGAAAAUAAACGAAUACAAAGGACAAUUUCCCUGUGAAAAAAUAAUUCCAAAAGAAACAAAUUUGAAAUUAAAUCAAAUUAGAAUAAAGACAUUAUAUCAAAAUAAAGAAAUUCUUAAGACCUCAAACACUUUAAGACAAUACAAUGAAAAAUGUUUAAUAAAAUUUCCCAACAAAAUAGAUAUGAAAGAUCGCGCUUGUAUUUCAACUUUUCCCUUACAAAAUCCUGAAAUAACUAAAGAAAACUCUUUAAACAAUUAUUUAAAUAAUAAUUAUAAUAAAAUAAACAAUUCUGAUCCAUCGAAAACAUCAUCAUCAUCUACUUGUUCGACAUCAUUAUCAAUGACGCAAAAUGUUCAAAAAUUUCAAAAUAUUGAUAAUGAAUGUAUGUCUCAAGUUCAAGACGCACAAGUUCAUGUGGAGGAAAAUCCACUAACAACACCAACAACAUCACCAUUAAAGAUCAACGAAAACAAACAACCAACGCCUCCACAAACAACAACAACAACAACAACAAAAUAUGACGACGCCGAUGUUUAUAUAUUAGCAGCCAUAAAUUCUAUAAAUAAUUCACGACCAAACGAAGUGGGUUAUUAUGCGGAAAAAAUUGAGCGCAUACAAGACGCCAUUGUUGUGCUCUUUGAAAAAAUUCAAAAUUCUUUAACAACAAAUCAUAAUAGCCCAAAAGAGAGCACAAACGCAACUCAUCGUAAAGAUGUUCAAGAUCAUGAUGCCAAUACUCGUUUCGCAUUAACACCCCCAACGACUGUAACAAGUGUUCGAAAUUCCGAGAGCAUUAAUGAUGAUGAAGAGGUUCUACUAACUAAAUAUGAUCUUGGUGAUCUCUGUGAUCGUGAGGUUGGCCAAAUUGUGGAACGCUCAGAUGUACGCGAUACGUUAGCUAAGGCGGUUGUUCACAGUGUCUCGAAAGCACAAACCAACAAUAGUAGUACGGGUAGUUUUCUAGUUAAAAGUGAAGAACCAACCUCCCCAUAUUCCCCCACUCCCAAAACGUUAAAUGAAUCUAUAUUAAAUACUACGUCACUUGAGGAUUAUACAAAUUCUAGUGAAUUAGUAUUGCCAAAAAAAUAUAAUGUGCUCGCUGCCGCACUGAAUACAGAAAUCAACGUUAAAGUUAAAAAUAAAUUGGAAUUCGAUCCCAUAGAGACAAUUAAUGUACAAAAUCGAUUAAACGAGUUAAAUGAAGUGUUACGCGAUACGCCAACAAAUACGUUAACGACCAAUAAUAAUUUGACAAGUGUGAAAGUGAAUGAAAUGACUGUAACUCGUUUAGCGGACAAUGAACAAGAUUGCGCCAAUAAAGACUUAUUGCAAACACAUGAAGCUCUUGAGCAAAAAAAUAAUAUUUUAUCUAACGACUUGCAAAUCGAUGAAAUGAAGUUCGAAAUGAAUAGAGUAAAAGGAGCUUUGCCGACGACUACGUCUUCGGAUCGUUCAAUUGGUAAACAUGAAAAUUUACCCACAGCUGUUAAUAGUGUUAGUACAAAUUAUGCUGGUCGUCAUAUUGGUUCUAACUUAGGAAGAUUAACAAAUGAUUCUACUUUAAAUAAUAGCAGAUUACCCUCUUCACUAAGUUCUUCACGUAAUUAUAAUAGUGAUAGUUCUUAUACACCCAGAUCGUCAGCGUUGAAAACUGAUAAUUCGGCUAGCAAACGUUCUAGCAUUAGUUCUCAUUUACCACCAGAAGCUAUAGCAAAUCGUUCGGUUUUAAAUACGCCCUCAAUAAGUGAAACAAUUUCAAAUCGUUCCGCCUUAAGGAGAAAUUCAAAUGAUUCUACUGCUGAAGUUGUAUCAACUCGUCGCCCCUCUUUGGGUGCCUUAAGAAAUACACAAUCCACCUCUUUGCUAUCGGUAGAUUUAGCCCGUUAUACCCCCCUAAACACAAGCAAUCAAACGGAACAACCUUCUGCUGUUAGUCGUGCCGUUUCCAUAGACUCUUCUUUGGAAGAUGUUCUACCAGAAAGAACACGCUUACGUCGUCAAAGACGUUUAAGAACUCAAGAUUCUCAAGAUGAAGCCGAAGAUCCCAUAGAACGUUUAAAUCGUUUAAAGGCUCGCAUAUCAGCAUCGCUCAGUGAAGUCAAAGGCGUUUUGAAGCAAUACAGCACCGAUAAUGAAAAUGACAAUGAAACUCAAACUCAAACUCCAGCUGUGGCCAACAAUCUUAAGGAAUCCAAAGAGGAGCCUAAGAAAGAAGAAGCCCCCGUUACAUUUAGAUUUGUGAAAAAAGUACGCAGACGUAGUUUGUUCACCGAAGAGAAAGAGAAAGAGGAAAAGGAACGGGAGAAAGCCAAUGAAAAAUUAUUAGAAUCUAAAGAUGAAACGGAUAAUAUAAACAGGAAGAUUGAAACCAAACUACCCGCUCUGAAUUCUGAAGUUAUAAAAGAAGAAUUAAAAUCCAAAUGCGAAAAACAAGAGGAAAAUCACAUCGAAAAUAAGGAAGUGAUUAAAACUAAAGAUCAAGUCCAAACUUCGACUACAGAAAUCAAUAAAAAUCUUUACACUUUAAAGGAAGAACAACAGGAAUCUUUGGAAGAUAUUAAAGCAACUGAAAAUAAAACAGAAGCUAAAGAUCACAUUAAGAUUGCCCAACAAAAUGGUGAAUCACAAGAUAAGAUUGAAAUUAAGAUCGAAGAAUCAACUGAAGAUGACAAAAAUCACAAGGAAGAUGUACCAACUGUGAAGGAGGAAACUAAAGGAGCCAUACCCAAACCACCUGUAAAAAAAGAAGCUGAUCACGAAGCCCCCACUAAAACUAAGAAAAAAGUGAUAAUAAAAACUAAAGAUCCAGCUCGAAGAGCUUCCUUGGCGGCUGUAGAAGGAUCCAAAAUUGAACCCCCCGUAAAGUUGGCCAUACCAGCUAAAAUACAUCGACGACCUUCCGAUUCGGAGGCAAUGGUCAAAAAGAAAUUAAUUACCGCCAAAAUAAAUACUUCCGGUAUAGUUGAGGAAGUGACGCCAAAACCGAAAAUUGUGAAAGUUAAGAAAUCCUCUAUAAAAAGCAACAAUAACUCGCAAUUGGCAACAACGCAAUCAAAACAAAAAGAACAAGAGAAGAACGAUAAAAGUGAUGAUCUUGUCAAAUCGAUAGACGAAGACAAUAAAUCGAUACACACUGAUAAAAACAAGGAUGUUUUAAUGCCAAAACCAUUACAACAACAGCAGCAACAACAACAACAAUUACAACAAAUUAACAACGAAAUCACUAGCCAAAGAAAUUUAUUGCUGCCAACGCAAUUAGUGAUCGAUGAGGCGGCGUCAUUAAAUGUAAAAACAAUUGAAAAUUCAGUGCCACCGCCGAGGCAAGAACAACAACAACAACAACUGCAACAAGAAAAGCAGGCGACAAUUAAAUCUACAACUACAAAUUUCAAAUCAAACGAUUUACAAGCUGCUGGCGGCGCUAUGUUAGAAAAUGCAACAACUGUGUUAAGUUCAUCAAAAACUAGCGAAGCAAACGGUCAAUUAAAGCGGGAAAACGUAGUGCAACCGGACGAUUUGCGAGAUCUUUUGCAACAAGAAACAACUAUAAUCAAAACUUCCACAAUCAAGGAAGAGCAAACUAAUCAUGAAACUAAAAUUAAACAACUUUCCAUAAAAGAAACGGAAAAAUCUAAAGAUAAUUUAGAAAUUACACAAACUGAAAAAGUAGAACAGAAGCCUAUAAUAACACAACAGCAACAACACCAGCAGGUGGUUGCAACAACGGAUGUUGUGAUCGUUAAAAGCGAAGAAGACAACAACAAGCAAAACGACGACGUCAAAGUAUCGUUAAAAGAGCCUUGUAUAGAUAAAACACCAACGUCAACCCACAUCGCUGUAGAGCAACAACAACAACAACAAGGAGAACGAUCAAUAACGAAAGUAGCUGAUACAAAAACCAUAAGCUCUCCACACAAUUCCAUUAGUAGCUCAACAGACCUCACACCAAAAACAACUACAUCAUCAAACGAGCAAAAAACUGCAGUACCAGCACCUCAACCAAACACAAUGCCUGAACAGCAAUUGGCACCUGCACCCGUGCAAACGGCUGAAAUUAUAGCACAUCCGGAACAGCAUAAAAAGAAAGUAAUUCUCAAAAAAAUCGUACGACAAGCCUCGGUAGAUAAAACCCAGAAAGCAGAUUUAGAAAUCACAAAACCUGCUCAAGAAGUUGAAAAAGAUACGGAAACUAUUACAGAUGCAGCAGUUUUAGAACCCGCAAAAGAUGAAUUGACUGAAGAAUGUUCAGAAUCUACCGAAAUAUCGGAAUCCUCCAAUUCCCUUGGUUCUGAGGAAGCAGCAGCCACCGAAAAACCCAAAAAGGAACGUAAAGUGAAACAGAAAGUUAUUAUUAAGAGACAGAAACGUAGACUUUCCAUAGGUGAUAACUUCUUCCAUCCGGGCGCCACAGAAGAACCACAAAAUACUGAAAUAGAAACUUUAGAAAAACCCAUAUCUUAUGUCACUGACGAAGAUGAUUCCAUAACUGAUGAAUCAGAAAAUACCAAAUCGGAACAAGAACAGGAAGAUGAAAUUAAACCUUUGAAAUCUUGUAUCAUGCACAAGGAGUACCAUAUUGGCGAUGAAGUCCUAUAUGCGGAACGUUUUAAAAAGACUCAGAUUAAAUGGCGUCGUGGUCGCAUUAAGGAACGUAUUACCAGUAUAUCCUAUUUACUUGAUAUCGAUGGCAAAGAUGUAUCAUCGCAUAUAAACUAUUUGAAAAAAUUCACCGGACGUAAAGUGAGUUUUGGUGGUAAGGAAUAUCUGGAAAUAGACUAUGAACAAUUGGCGGAAGAGGAGGAAAAAGCCGAAAGGCUACAAAGACGUACCUAUAGCAUAUGGAAUAUGGUGUAAGUUGGAAAUUGCUAUAACAAAUUAAAAAUAAUUACAAAAAGUGUCCAAAAGCAAUAAAAAUCCUUUAAUUUUAGUUAAAACCUGUAGCGGUAGUUUUAAAUUUAUUGAUUGAAUUUGAAAAAUAGUUUUAAUUUUAUACCCCCUUUAAAACAUCCUUUCGAAUUAUGGAGAGUGUAAAUAGUUUUUAUUUUAACUUUUUUCUACCAUUUUAGUUUUAAUUAUACUUAUUAUUAUUAUUCUUUUCUUUGAGUUUAAUUAAAAAAUUUUAGUUUUUAUAAAAUUUUUUAAUGGAUCUCUUUAACAUUCUUGUAUAUUGUGUGUAAAUAUGUAAUAAAUCCUUAUAAUAUGUAUAUAUUAAUUAUAAAUUAAUAAAUCCUUUAGGGUAGUAUUAAUUUUUUAUUUCUUUAAUUUUUAUUUAUUUUUUAGUUUUUUUUUUAGCUUUUAUAUUAUUAUUUUUUAUUAAAUUUUAUUUUAAAACAAAGCAUCCUGUUAUAUUGUAAAUAAGAUAAAAAUAUGAUCCUUCUAAAAAUAAAUUCACAAUAAAUAAAAUUUUUAAAUUUUUAUUU